AUGGCCUACUCUUUACUUCAUGACUUUACCUGCUUUCCAGAGCUUCCACUUGAGCUUAGACGUAAGAUCUGGUUCCAUACUCUACCAGAGCCACGUCUAGUAACUUUUGAGUUGUACCCGAAUUCCGGGGCAGGGCUGAAUCGAAGGCAAUAUCAAAAAUUCAUCAGUUUUGCCAUCAGGGAUUAUACUCCGACUACAGACGACACCAAAAACAAAGAAAUGAGCCUCGAUAUUCGUCCAUUCUUUCUGACAUGCCAUGAGCUCAAAGAUGUAUUCCUGGAACAUUACAAGAGCUUCGAUAUCCAUACCCAGAUAUCCGCUGAUGGUAAAUGUCUUUAUACGCCGCCCACUCUACCCACUUACUCGACGAUAUGUCAUGUGAGUAUGGAAAGUCCUCCGAGUCAAUGCUAUAAUGAUCCUAAAGCCGACUGUCUGAAAUUUAACAACCUCGCAGAAUCAAUAGAGAUUCUUUCUGGCAUCGGCAUAACCUUGAAUUUCUCGGCUUUGCGACAUAUUGCAAUUGCUAAGUACUCAAAGUACGGCAAUGGGAGCCUUAUUUUGGAAUCAACCUGGAAGGCCAUUGAAGAUAACUUCCCUCAACUUAAAAGUGUCACUCUUAGCGGAAAUUAUGGUGGCGCCGCUGUAAACAAAUUGCCCAAGGGGAUGCCAACCCUUACUCGUUUUCACCCCCUGACCGGAGACACCAUGGGCGAGUUAUGCAGGCAAACGAUUUGCCAAGAUUCUCAUGGACUGGCGACCCCUAAUGCCUGGAUUGACAAUGUUCAGCACAUGGACAUUAUCUCUACGACAGCCUACGUAACCAGGAAAAGCUUCCUCGAGCGAACAAUUAACAAUACUCUCCCUCCCGCUCUUAUUUAUAAAGGAGACUUAGGGGAUCUACAAGAUACAUGGGUUCAGGAUGUAGGGGAGAAGGAUAAAGCCUAUUUUGAAGCCUCAAGCAAUGGGUGGUCAUCGAAUGCUUUUGGCCUAUAUUGGCUUAUAAACAUAUUCGACCCUGCUAUACGUCGAAAAGCAGGUGGAAGAUAUCGUCUACUUAUUGUCGAUGGUCAUUCUAGUCAUGUCAAUAUGGAAUUCCUUUCAAAAUGCAAUGAAUUAAAGAUUAUUGUCUUAAUUCUCCCCCCUCAUUCUACACAUCGACUACAGCCUCUCGACGUUGGAACCUUCGGUUUCCUUUCAACGAAUUACAGUAUAUUAUUGAAUGAUUUGAUGUACAAUAGCAGGGGGAUUGUUAAUAUGACAAAGCUGGGAAAAUUUGAUAUCGGGAGUGCAUACUUGAAGCGCUCGGGUGGAAUGUCGUUUAUAGACUGCUAUGCAGAUGGCACAUUGUUCAACUCUGAGGAGGCUAGGGAGAAGGGCCAAGAAUUUGAUGAAACAGGUCAAGGCGUUGGAAGCAAGUAUUUGACGUGGCCAUGGAAUCGCCUGUCUUUAGGAGAAAAUGUUUCAUAUGACAAUUCUCGAUUCAAGAACCAUGUUUUUGGGGUUCGUAGAAGUUUCGCUUAG